AUGAUUAUAUUUACGUCAUUUAUUCUCAGUCAAUCGCGAUCUUUUAUGGCAAAUCUGCAGACACUACGGCCUUGCACCAAAAAUUGUCCGCCUGAUCCAGCUCCUGUACAAAGAUACAACAGCACGAGCGUCCAACAGGGCGGUAUUCCAUCAUGCAUACUUUUCAACAUCCUCUUUGAUUUCAUUAUGCGUAGUGUUAUUGUCACUGCAAAACAGAUGGGCGUCACCGGAAUUCAACUGGCGUAUGGCAGCAACGACUUUCACCACACUGACCACGACAAAUACGAAGAGUUUGACCUCCUGGCUCUAAUGUACGCGGACGACCUCGUUACAAUGUGCGACAACAUGGCUGAUCUCGAAAUAUUCAUUCGUACAUUUGAGCAGGUCACUCAACAGUUUGGUCUCACAAUGAGCAUUAAAAAGACACGUGUGAUGUCUCUGAAACCGCUCCGAGAAGACGCAACGCGAAGGCUCAUCAAGGAUCAGGAAGUGCCAGCCAACAAUUUUCCAAUUAUCAUCCGCAAUCAAACCAUCGAAAUCGUCGAAGAGUUCUCCUAUCUUGGAUUUCGCGUCAAUCGUGAACAAACAAUGGAAGAGGAAAUAGAAACACGACUGUCCAAGGCAUCAACUGCGUUCAAUAUGCUGCGUCAUGCUAUCUGGUAUAGAAAGAUGCCUUCGAACGAUCAUUGGUGUAAACCUCGGCGACCGAAUGUCCAACGACAUACUUCUUCAACUGACAGGACAACUGCAACUUGA